AAAAGUCACCUGUGUGGCAGUCCCCUACAAGCGAGGAAAUGACUACUGUAAAGUGCUGUGUGUUGAGAACUCUUUUUCUCGUCCUCAUCAUUUUGCCCCUUUCUUUUGUUCUUUGGAGAACUGUCUCUGACAAGCAGUCAUCACGUGAUCUGGAAAUACCUCAUCAGUUCUCUAAUGAUCUGCCUGGAUGCUCAGCUAUUAUCACUGGAGAUGUUAGUGGCGAUGGAGGUAAAUUAGAAGCACUUCUGUCAUCCAGGAGAAGGAAGAAUGUUUUUUCUGAGGAUUUCUACAUUAAUGCGACAGAGGACUGUCAAGCUUACAUUCGAGAGAGAGGUUUCAUCACAGUGCCUCUCAGUGAGGAGGAGAAAGAUUUCCCCAUUGCAUACUCCAUGGUGAUCCACGAGAACAUCGAGAUGUUUGAGCGGCUUCUAAGAGCUGUUUAUGCUCCUCAGAACAUCUACUGUGUACAUAUGGACCUGAAAUCCUCUGCAAAAUUUAAGGAGGCUGUGGCAGGUAUUGUUUCAUGCUUUCCUAAUGUGUUUGUAGCCAGUAAAUUAGAAAGAGUGGUAUAUGCCUCCUGGUUCAGAGUUCAGGCAGAUCUGAAUUGCAUGAAAGAUCUGCUGAACAGUCAUGUUAACUGGAGGUACCUGCUUAACACCUGUGGGACGGACUUCCCCAUCAAAACAAAUAGAGAGAUGGUAAGAGCACUGAAGUCCCUCAAUGGGAGGAACAGCUUGGAGUCUGAAGCCACUUCUAACUACAAGAAAAUUCGUUGGCAAUAUCACUACAAUAUCACAAACAGUGUUAUCAGGACAGAUGUGAUGAAAAGCCCCCCACCUAUUAGCAUCCCUAUGUUCUCAGGAAAUGCUUACUUUGUGGUCUCAAGAGCUUUUGUGGAACACGUGAUGCAGGACGGAGAGGUUCAGAAAUUUCUGGAGUGGGAAAAGGACACAUACAGCCCUGACGAACACUUAUGGGCCACUCUACAGAGGAUGCCCUCUGUUCCUGGAUCAUUGCCUCAAAACAAUAAGUUUGAUGUGUCAGACAUGCUAGCCGUUGCUCGUGCAGUGAAGUGGAUCUAUUCAGCAGGAGACAUGAACAAGGGAGCACCCUAUGAGCCAUGCACGGGUGAUUACAGAAGAGCUGUCUGUGUGUAUGGAACUGGUGACCUCCAGUGGCUCCUGAAACAACACCACUUCUUUGCAAACAAGUUUGAUCCAGAGGUUGAUGAUAUUGCCAUUAGGUGCCUGGAGUCCUUUCUGCGUUUCAGAGCUUUAGGCUUUGACCCACUGUUCACUCAACAAGAUGCAGCCACUAAGUAA